AUGGCCAAAAAAGAGGAUAAUAAAAUUGGAUUGAUCGGAGCAACGGCGUAUAUUGUUGGCUCAAUUAUUGGAAGUGGAAUAUUCAUUGCGCCAAAAGGAAUUGUGCAACAUGCUGGAUCCGUCGGAUUAUCAUUGAUUAUUUGGGUGUUUUGUGCACUUUUGAACAUGAUCACAGCUAUUAACUACAUCGAACUUGGCACAAGCAUCCCAGAAUCUGGAGCCGAUUUAGCUUACAUUGAUUAUAUGGGCUGGACGCCCAUUGCAUUUUCCCUUCUCUGGCUAUCUCUACUCAUUCAAAGUUCAUCAUCAGCUGCAGUUUUAUAUCUAACGUUUGGAAAAUAUUUGGUCCAAGCCUUGGAUCCUAUUUAUUGUUUUUCGGAUGCCACUGCUGAUAGUGUAGCAAAACUUUUCGGUUUCGGAUUACUCUUGUUUCUCACACUGACCAACAUGUUCUCACUUCAAAAAUUCGCAUCUCGAGUGCAAAUUAUAUCAAUGUGCUCCAAGAUUUUCGCAACAGCGAUUAUCAUAGGCAUCGGAUUCUUCUUCAUCGUCUUUCGUGGUGCAACGUCACAUUACAGUAGUUCGGAAAUAAUGAAAAACAGUAAUUGGAAGCCAGGGGCAAUUGUUUUGGCGAUUUAUCAAGGGAAUUGGGCGUUUGGAGGAUUUACGACGCUCAACUAUGGAUCCGAAGAGAUUCAGAUUAAAGAUUUUAGAAAGUGGGUGGACAUCCGGACACACCAAAAAAACCUGAAUAAGUUUAGAACUCUAACACGUGCCUGCUUGGGAGGUCUUUGUAUUUCUGCAGUGAUUUAUGUUCUCGUCAACGUUUCAUAUUUUGCAAUAUUGACACCUCAAGAAAUAAUUGAUUCUUCUGCGGUGGCUACUACAUUUAUUCAAAAAACUGUUGGAAAUGGUCCAGCAUUUGCAGUACCCGCUGUGGUUGGAUUGCUACUAAUUGGAACUUUAAAUGGCGAUGUUUUCAGUUGGAGUAGGUACAUGGUCGCCGGUUCACGUCGCAAAAUGAUGCCCACCUGCUUCAGUUUGAUACAUGUUGACAAUGACAGUCCAAGGAUUUCUGUCUUUUUUCAUACACUCACUUCUAUCAUCUUCGCUUUUCUCGGAGACACUGACCAGCUGGUUGACUAUCUUACAGUAACCGGAAUGCUUACCACAAUUUUUGCUCUGGCAGUUUUAGUGAUAAUAAAAUGGAAAAGGAUGCCGAUUGCAGCGGAUCCUGUGCAGUACAGUAUAUUUUGGCCAAUUUUAAAUCUUGUCAUUAUGAUAGCAUUAUUGGUGAUUCCAAUUGAACAGGAUGCCAUUUCAUCCAUCAUUGGAUUUGGCAUGUUUUUGGCAGGUAUUGUUGUCUACUUCAUCGUCAAAUUCAUUGUGACCCAUUCAAAAUUCCUUCUUCUGAUAGACAGUGCGUUUGCUACUACACACCGGUUUAUCACCUUGCUAAACGUUUUGUUUUUAGAAAAACUAACCCAUCUUUGCCAAAUCCUAACAUGGACCAUAGUGGAUUCAGGACCCGAGGAGAAGACUCGUCUCUAG